AUGGGACUAAAAAUAGCUCUCGCGUUUGUGGUAUUUGCCGGUUCUUACGCCGAUCCCACCCCGGCGAAAUGCGACAAAGUGGUGCCGAUGUGCAAAUACUUCUCCUGUGUAUCAACCACGUAUCCAAACACCGAAGGCGAUCGCAUCGCCACAAUUCUCCGCAACGUCAGCUGCAAUGGAAAAUUUCUGUUGCCAAUAGUGAGAUACGAGAAAAUUUGGAGCGCUUGGGGAGAACAAGAUCUGGAGGGCGAACUCGGAAGUUGCACAGCUGGGGCGCCGAACGACCCGGCCGAUUGCCCCGCCGUCAUCGCCACUUACCAAUGCGCUGUAUCGGCAGUAGCUAGCAAAAUUGGUACCGGCGAGAAGGAUGCCCCGUUCAUCGCCCGUCUCGUUCAAUUCAAGAUCGCAGCUGAGCUUUUGGCCAGCGGCGACAAAGAGCCACAUCCGCCCUGCAUGAAAGCAUUCUGGAAUGCCCUAAAUGAAAUUGGGAACCAUGCGCAAGACGAUAACGUGAAGAAUAAA